AUGUCGUGCCCCAGCAACGUGCCUAGUGGCUCUCUCUUAGUGGACAACUUGGUGGGAGGAUCCUUCACGUGCAGAAGCGAGGGCUAUCUCGAACACCCUGAGAUGUACAUGCAAACGGGUACUGAGUGUAGCUUUUCGAUUAUGCGAAAUUGUGGAAUUGUUUCUUCACCUGUCACCAAAGGAGAUGAGCUUCCACAAACAACUCUACCGUUGAGCAUAUACCAUCAGACACCCUACCUGACACCGUUGGACACAUGGGGGACAGAACCAAAAACUUGUAUUGAACAACCUGUUGCCCGACCCCUGAUCUCCUGCACUUUUCCAGUGGAUUUUGUCAAGGAAGAGGCCAUUAGUCGCGUGUACCGGGAUGACAUUGCCAGGAAUAAGGAAACAACAGAACCGGCUAUCUACACAAGACUGGGCGACAACAGCAACCGGUCAAGCUGUGAUCAGGCUGCACAAUCUGCAUCUGACUUUCUCAAUCUACACCAGAUAUACACGGCCGAGAACUCACAAGAUGGAAAUGAUUUCGAUUCAGGAUUUGCGUCAGCUGCAGACAUGACAACUUCUGCUGAAAUACCGUUACCCGAACUGUUAAUGAAUGCCAGAAAAUCUAAAGAACGCUUGUCGGUUGAGCGGAUAAACCCUGAAGAUCGUCGUUCAGCUAAAAAACAGCCGGAGAAAGAGGAAAGUAUUUUUAGUACGGACAGUAGUACGGAUAAUUCCGAAAGCGAAAUGAAAGAAGACCGUAAAGUCGACAAGACACCUGGAAACUGGCUGACAGCUAAAAGUGGUCGAAAGAAAAGAUGUCCCUAUACAAAGCACCAGACGCUGGAACUCGAGAAGGAAUUCUUGUUUAACAUGUAUUUGACUCGCGAGCGCCGCCUGGAGAUCAGUAGGAGCAUCAACCUCACCGACCGUCAGGUCAAGAUCUGGUUCCAGAAUCGGAGGAUGAAGCUGAAGAAGCUGAACAGAGAGAGCCGCGCGCGAGAGCUGACGCCGACCUACUACACCUGAGCUUCCGUGGAUAAAGACUGAAAUCUUUGAUGGACAGCUGUGGAAAUACCACAUCAUUUAGAAUAUAUAUGUCUAUAUAUCUCGUAGCAUUUUGUCAAGUGUAUAUAUAUGU